AUGAGGGCGGUCUUCGGCCGUUGUUUCUUGCGCGGAAUCCCGCGUAUUCCACGAAAUCAGUCGACUCUAUCAUGGCGACCUUUUUCGAGGCGCAUCCCGCGACGGGCGCCGGUGAUCGGUGGGGUGGUCAUGGCUGCUCUCGCACCGAGCGCCUUUCUCAAGCUCGCGGAGGAAUCGGACGGCGGUGAAAAGACCGGAGAGAUGCAGAUGCUCGAGGCUUCGCGCGAAGAAAUCCGGAAGACUGUACCGGCGGGUGCACGAGGCCUCUCGAGGCUGUGCCACUCUCUCUGGGUCUGCUGGUAUUACUACGUUUGGGACCCCAUUGCCACUGGCUUUCGAUUCCUGCAUCUGGCCGUGAUUUUCCUGCCAGUCGUAGUGACUGUGCCCGUGAUAUGGGCUGGUAAAAGGAUCGGUGGUGACAGCAAAGCGCAGUCUGGGACUUUGUGGUGGUAUCGAUUCUUAGUCAAGGCAAUGGAGCGCGCGGGGCCUGCUUUUAUCAAGCUAGGACAAUGGGCCGCUUCCCGAACCGAUAUCUUCCCUCCUGAGAUGUGCAGGAUUAUGUCCUCUCUCCAUUCAAAUGCUCCGGCUCAUUCCCUCCACGAUACCAAGCGCACUAUCCGAAAAGCCUUCAAUGGAUUGCCGUUUGAUGAGAUAUUCGAAGAAUUUCAAGAAGAGCCGCUCGGUGUGGGAGCCAUUGCGCAGGUCUACAAGGCGAAACUCAAACCAAGCUUGGCGAACAGUACCCAGGAGCUGGGCCAGGGUCCCAGUACUCUCGGCGAGAAAGUCUGGAGGAAUGUUGAUGUGCUGGUGAAGAGCUCACCGCAGCGAGUGCCUUCAUCUUAUGUUGCAAUCAAGGUCUUGCACCCCCGAGUCGAGAAAAUGAUCCAUCGCGAUUUGCGGAUAAUGGGAUUCUUUGCUACAUUAAUCAAUGCUAUUCCAACCAUGCAUUGGCUUUCAUUCCCAGACGAGGUCCAGCAAUUCGGGGAGAUGAUGAAGCUUCAGCUAGAUCUACGAAUCGAGGCUACCAACCUCGUGAUAUUUCGCAAUAAGUUCAAGUCUCGCACCACAGCUUGGUUCCCAUACCCCUAUCUGGAUUACACCACACGGGAAGUCCUCGUCGAGGAAUUCGCCCAAGGUAUUCCAUUGGCCAAGUUCCUGGAUAUCGGAGGAGGUGUUUAUCAGCGUGAGAUUGCCAACGAAGGCCUUGAUGCAUUCCUGCACAUGCUCCUAAUCGACAACUUUAUCCACGCGGAUCUGCAUCCAGGGAAUAUCAUGGUUCGAUUCUACAAACCCAAUGAACUUGACUUGUCCCUUCGCAAAGUUACGCGAGCCACAGAUGCCCCCACUCGGGCUGAGGUGGACGUGACAGAGGCCGUACUUGCACGACUUCGCCCAUAUCUCAAGGACCGUGGAGCUUGGGAAUUCGCUCUCGCUGAACUCAAUGACGAGGGCUAUCGCCCACAGCUAAUCUUCAUCGACACCGGCCUUGUCACCGAAUUGAACGAUCUCAAUCGACGGAACUUCCUGGAUCUCUUCCGCGCCAUUGCCGAAUUUGAUGGGUAUCGCGCAGGCCAAUUGAUGGUAGAGCGUUGCCGUACCCCAGAGGAAGUCAUUGAGCCGGAAAUUUUCGCACUCAAAAUGCAGCAUCUGAUUUUGAGUAUCAAGUCACGUACCUUCGCUUUGGGGAAUAUCAAGAUCGGUGACGUCCUCAGCGAAGUCCUGACAAUGGUUCGGGGCCAUCACGUCCGAUUCGAAGGAGAUUUCGUGAACGUGGUUGUUUCCUGCCUUCUUCUUGAAGGCAUUGGGCGAAGCCUUAAUCCCGACUUGGAUAUCUUCAAGAGUUCCUUACCUAUUCUCCGACAACUCGGCUCCGGUUCUACCUUCUUGCAGACGGUCCGUUCUGGUGACACCUCCAUGCUUCGAGUCUGGGUUGGUCUUGAAGCUCGCGGAUUGCUGCAGGCCAGCAUUGAGAGCGUGGAACACUGUGUCAAAUACGACCAACUGUCGCCAAAUAUUUGA